GGCUGUUCUUGAAAACUGAGGGUGUCUUUUGCAAAAUCCUGAGAGAAGGAAGUGGAUUGUCAGGGACCCAGAAGGAGGCCUCCAAAGGACUGCAGCCACUCAAGGCUAAUCUCUCUUCCCUUGCCUGGAUUCCCCCCCCUUGGCAGGACCAACUCCCCCUGCGUAAGUCAGCCCUCAGCCACAGCUAGCCGCUGCUGCUUUCCCCCUGCUGCCUUCCUCAUCUCCCUUUGUCUGCAGUCUCUUUGUCCCUGGUCUCCCUUUGGUUCAGUUUUGAAGUCCUCUGCCCCCUCCCCUCCUUUCUUUUGGCCCGGCUGCUCCCUCCCUCUCUGCGGGGCCCGGUGGCGAGGCUCGGGGGAGGGGAGCGGGGCUGGGUUGCCAUGGUCACGUCGAAGCCGGCCGCAGCUGGCCGGGGCAGCUGCUCCCAGCCCCGGGAUAGGCGGACAAAGCCCGGCGCCUCGGCAGCCCCGAACCUGGAACCCCAAAGGCCUGAGACGGGGGGACUGGGACCCAGGAGAGCCCUGAGCUGGAGUGGACCCCUCUGUCUGGCCCCACCAUGCCACCUGGCCCGGGAGCGUGGGCCUGGGGUGUGGAAUGUCCCAGCGGGGUGUGAGGGGCUGCCGCUCCUUCCCUGAGGCGUCUGGAAGCAGCCCAGCCCGGUCGGCCAGCCCAGGGUCCCUCUGAGCACAGUCCCUGGAAGGAGGGGUAGAGCGUCCGCCCAGGCCCCCGACAGCUGCUCGCGGGAGCCGCCUCCGACACCCGAGCCCCGCCGGCGCCUCCCGCUCCCUGCUCCUGGCUCCCUGCGCCUCCCCCGCCCCUCGCCCAGCAGCCGAGGAGGCCCCGCUCCGGGGUCGGACUCCCGGGUCUGCCGGGAAGAGCGAUGAGAGAGAUGCUGCCCCCGCCCCCUUAGGCCUGAGGAAUCAGGAGCUAUGGGGCCAGGGGCCCUCUCCUCUCUACCGCUGCUGCUGCCGCUGCUCUUGGUGGCCACUGGAGAUGCUGAUAUGAAGGGACAUUUCGACCCUGCCAAGUGCCGCUAUGCCCUGGGCAUGCAGGACAGGACCAUUCCAGAUGGGGACAUCUCUGCCUCCAGCUCGUGGUCAGACUCCACUGCCGCUCGCCACAGCAGGCUGGAGAGCAGCGACGGGGACGGGGCAUGGUGCCCCGCAGGGCCGGUCUUUCCAAAGGAGGAGGAGUACCUGCAGGUGGACCUGCGGCGGCUGCACCUGGUGGCUUUGGUGGGCACCCAGGGGCGGCACGCUGGAGGCCUGGGCAAGGAGUUCUCCCCCAGCUACCGGUUGCGUUACUCCCGGGACGGCCACCGCUGGAUGGACUGGAGGGACCGCUGGGGUCAGGAGGUGAUUUUAGGUAACGAGGACCCUGGGGGAGUGGUGCUGAAGGACCUUGGACCCCCCAUGGUGGCCCGGCUGGUUCGCUUUUACCCCCGGGCUGACCGGGUCAUGAGUGUCUGUCUGCGGGUGGAGCUGUAUGGCUGCCUCUGGAAGGAUGGACUCCUGUCUUACACGGCCCCCGUGGGGCAGACGAUGUACUUGUCCGACGCGGUGCACCUCAACGACUCCACUUACGAUGGACACACCACACACGCUGUUGGCGGGCUGCUGUACGGAGGUCUGGGUCAGCUGGCGGAUGGUGUGGUGGGGCUGGAUGACUUUAGGAAGAGCCAGGAACUGCGGGUCUGGCCCGGCUACGACUACGUGGGGUGGAGCAACCACAGCUUCCCGGGUGGCUUCGUGGAGAUGGAGUUUGAGUUUGACCGGCUGAGGGCCUUCCAGGCCAUGCAGGUCCAUUGUAACAACAUGCACACCCUGGGAGCCCGCCUGCCUGGUGGGGUGGAAUGUCGCUUCAAGCGGGGCCCUGCCAUGGCCUGGGAGGGGGAGCCUGUGCGCCACGCCCUGGGGGGCAGCCUGGGGGACCCCAGAGCCCGGGCUGUGUCCGUGCCCCUGGGCGGCCGCGUGGGCCGCUUUCUGCAGUGCCGCUUCCUCUUUGCUGGGCCUUGGUUACUCUUCAGUGAAAUCGCCUUCAGCUCCGACGUUGUGAAUGACUCCUCUCCAGCUCUGGGGGGCACCUUCCCGCCGGCUCCCUGGUGGCCGCCUGGCCCACCUCCCACCAACUUCAGCAGCUUGGAGCUGGAGCCCCGAGGCCAGCAACCCGUGGCCAAGGCUGAGGGGAGCCCCACCGCCAUCCUCAUCGGCUGCCUGGUGGCCAUCAUCCUGCUGCUGCUGCUCAUCAUCGCCCUCAUGCUCUGGCGGCUGCACUGGCGCAGGCUCCUCAGCAAGGCUGAGCGCCGGGCAUUAGAAGAGGAGCUGACGGUUCAUCUGUCCGUCCCUGGGGACACCAUCCUCAUCAACAACCGCCCAGGCCCUCUUGAGCCACCCCCUUACCAGGAACCUCGUCCUCGUGGGAAUCCACCCCACUCUGCUUCCAGUGUCCCCAACAGCUCUGCGUUGCUGCUCUCCAAUCCAGCCUACCGCCUCCUUCUGGCCACUUACGCCCGUCCCCCUCGGGGCCCCGGCCCCCCCACACCCGCCUGGGCCAAACCCACCAACACCCAGGCCUGCAGUGGGGACUAUAUGGAGCCUGAGAAGCCGGGUGCCCCGCUUCUGCCCCCACCUCCCCAGAACAGCGUCCCUCAUUAUGCCGAGGCUGACAUUGUCACCCUGCAGGGCGUCACCGGGGGCAACACCUAUGCUGUGCCCGCGCUGCCCCCAGGGGCUGCUGGGGAUGGGCCUCCCCGAGUGGACUUCCCUCGGUCUCGGCUCCGCUUCAAGGAGAAGCUUGGCGAGGGCCAAUUUGGGGAGGUGCACCUGUGUGAGGUAGAGAGCCCUCAAGAUCUGGUCAGUCUUGAUUUCCCCCUUAAUGUGUGCAAGGGACACCCUCUGCUGGUAGCUGUCAAGAUCCUGCGGCCAGAUGCCACCAAGAACGCCAGGAAUGAUUUCCUGAAGGAGGUGAAGAUCAUGUCGCGGCUAAAGGACCCAAACAUCAUCCGGCUCCUGGGCGUGUGUGUGCAGGAUGACCCCCUCUGCAUGAUUACCGAUUACAUGGAGAAUGGUGACCUUAACCAGUUCCUCAGUGCCCACCAGCUAGAGGACAAGGCGGCUGAGGGGGCCCCCGGAGACGGGGAGGCUGCCCAGGGGCCCACCAUCAGCUACCCCAUGCUUCUUCAUGUGGCGGCUCAGAUCGCCUCGGGCAUGCGCUAUCUGGCCACACUCAACUUCGUGCAUCGGGACCUGGCCACGAGGAACUGCCUGGUCGGGGAAAAUUUCACUAUCAAAAUCGCUGACUUCGGCAUGAGCCGGAACCUCUACGCGGGGGACUAUUACCGCGUGCAGGGCCGGGCAGUGCUGCCCAUCCGGUGGAUGGCCUGGGAGUGCAUCCUCAUGGGGAAGUUUACGACUGCAAGUGACGUGUGGGCCUUUGGGGUGACACUGUGGGAGGUGCUGAUGCUCUGCCGGGCCCAGCCAUUCGGGCAGCUCACUGAUGAGCAAGUCAUCGAGAACGCAGGGGAGUUCUUCCGGGACCAGGGCCGGCAGGUGUACCUUUCUCGGCCCCCUGCCUGCCCGCUGGGCCUAUAUGAGCUGAUGCUUCGGUGCUGGAGCCGGGAGCCUGAGCAGCGACCACCCUUUUCCCAGCUACAUCGGUUCCUGGCAGAAGAUGCGCUCAACACAGCGUGAAUCACACCUGCUGCCCCUUCCUCAGGGAGGAUUCAGGCAAAGCCAGAGGAGAUAAACAAGAGGAUUUUAAUGGCACCCCACUCCAUUCCCUGUCCCGACCACCCUUCACCUCUGAAAGAGAGGCAGUGUGACCAUAGGUGGGCUGGGCCUGCCAGGGAGCUGACGCCUUCCCUUCCCAGGACGUGCUGUCAUGUCCCCAUGCUGCUCCUCUCUUAGAAGCCUCUGCCACCCACCCAGCUGGCCCUGUGGAUGGGAUCCUCUCUGACCUCUUCUAGCCAUCCCUGGGGGGGAAGAUGGGGGCACAUAUAAGGCAGACACUGGAUAAGGCCUAUUGGAGCACCUGGACCCCACUGGACAACACUGGUUCCUAGAGAAGAGGCUGUGCCCUCCCCCACCCCAGCCUCUCUCUCCUUCCGUCGCACACUGGAUCCCACUGGCUGAGAAUCUGGGGAAUGAGGAGGACAAGAAAGGGAGAAAGAUGUUCUUGUGCUAUCUCCUGGAAUUGUCCUUGGCUUUGGCUUCUCCCUCCUCCAUCCUCUGAAACACUGGACCUGGGGGUGAUCCCUUUCCCCCACCCCCAGCCAUCCCCACUUCCCACCUGCUGUGUUGUAGCUAGAACUUCUCUAAGCCUGUAUGUUUCUGUGGAUUAAAUACUGGGAUUAGGGGGAAAGAGGGAGCAAUGGCCUGCGGCCUUGGGGUUGGACAUCUCUGUUGUAGCUGCCAUAUUGUUUUUUCUAUAAUCACUUGGGGUUUGUACAUUUUUGGGGGGAGAGACACAGAUUUUUACACUAAUAUAUGGAUCUAGCUCAAUGCAAUUUUAAUAUCCUGCACUAGGCAGGUAAUAAUAAAGGUUGAGUUUUCCACA